AUGGCACAAGCAGCAGCCCGCCCAUUGUCAUCAUCAAGCUGUAAAUCGGUCCAGUUCUCGCGCUUCAUCAAAAUCUCAUUCACCUACCCAGGCGACGAAUAUGACCGCUCGGCACUCGAGCCCGCAAAGCUCUCCUUCUCCGAGGCCACCGAGCUUAUGCAGCUCCGCAUCGAUUGGAAGCAGGAGCUUAAUAAGCGCAUGCAACAACAGGCACAACAAGAGCAACAACAAAUGCUCAACAGCCAACAUCAACAAGACUCUGAGGAUGGGUUCUCGUCCGACGAGUCGACCUUGUGCGGAUCUUCGUCUUCGAGCCCAAGAGCUGUCAUGUCCUCUUCCUCAAAGUCUUCCAGAGGUUGCUUGCGGUCUUCGCCUUCCUUGAAAGUCUCGAGCAAGGGUUGCGGGUCCAGCGGCUCCAGCUCCAGCGGUCCCAGUAGUCCCAUCGACUGCAACAAUGGUGGGUCCUUGAGCGACGACGAGGAUGGCGAGUAUCACCAGGCCCGAGCAAAGUCCCUCGGCAGCGGGAUGAUGCAUCGCCACAGCGAGUUCCACCAGCCCACUGAGAACAUGCCCUGCCUCGCUUAA